AUGGAAAACUAUAACAUCAAUAGCAGUGACUUCGAAAGCAGCAUUGAUUAUGCUCUUACCAGGCAUCCGGCAACACCCAAUUUAAUCACCUUCUCUCAGCCCGAGCAUACAAACAUCGAAAUUUAUACCGACAGCUCAAAAGCAGACUCUAAGGAGGGCAGUGGUUUUGUCGCCUUCCACAAUAGCAACGAGAUUGCCUCUGGACGUUACCGGCUGGGCAAACACUGUUCUGUACUCCAGGCAGAGCUGUUUGCCAUCAAAAUGGCGGUGACUUGGUCAGUCACCAACUACACUAACAACACUGUGGCCAUUAUUUCGGAUAGUGCUUCAUCCAUCUCCCUGCUGCAAAGUGCCACUGGUCACCCCAUCUCCAAUGAAAUAAAAGACAUCAUCAACAACACUAACAACUGCUAUUUCAUUUAUUGGACACGAGCCCACCAGGGCACGCCCGGUAACGAGCGAGCCGAUGCUCUGGCGAAAUCUGCAGGAGAUGACACCAACCUCCCUAUCUCUUAUACUAAGCUUACCUCUAAAACCGUCAAGAACCUACUUUGGAAGGAUCUUAUUAUUUCUUGGCAGCAAGACUGGAAUGAUAUUAACCAUCAUACCACAUAUAAUUUCAUCCCUCUCAUUGAGCCUUUUAUUUUGAGAAGGUGGUACAAACCUUGCCAUCGUGCUAGUCAAUUUCUCAGUAAUCAUGGCAGGUUCAACUCAUACCUUACAAGGUUCACUAAUGCGUCCAAUCCUAACUGCUCCCUGUGUGGUGUCGAGGAUGGCAGUCAACACUACUUCUUUGACUGCCCGAUGUUAGAACCAGAGGCUUUGCCUUAA